CGAUGGGGCAGGUUAUUACUAUGUUGACCUUAACCCUUUAUGGAUAUGAGUUUCUCAGACCUUACUUCAUGGCAGCCUCAUCUAUUUGCUUACAUAUAACUGAGUGGAACAAGCCACGGGUUAAAAUGAGGUCGAUUGUGCCUGAGGUCGAGAGUGUCCUCUCUGGCUGGUCGGACUCGCUGAACACCACAUAAUUGAUAUUUGUGCAUCUGGUCCAGAAGACACACAUCUGCUGACCAUGUCUAAGAUCCUAACCGUUUUUGGAGCCACGGGCUCUCAGGGUGGCUCUGUUAUCAAGUCGAUUCGCGAGCAUCCAACACUCUCUCGCACGUACAAAAUUCGCGGCGUUACGCGGUCGCUGCACAGUGCUGUGUCGAGGAGCUUGGCUGCGGAAGGAGUUGACAUGGUCCAGGCUGACCUUAACGAAGUCGAGUCAGUGUAUCGUGCAAUUCUAGGGUCGUACGCAGUAUUUGCAAUGACCAACUUUUGGGAGUACCGAUCUGCAGAAGUCGAAUUUGCGCAAGGGAAGGCUAUCGCCGACGCAUGUAAAAAGGUCGAGAUCGAAUGUCUCAUCUGGUCUACGCUCAGCCAUGCUACGACUGUCAGCGCAGGGAAGCUGCGUUUGAUACACCACUUCGACUCGAAGGCCGACGUUGAAACUUAUAUUCGAUCAAUUCAUGUUCCAGCCAGCUUCGUCAAUCCCGGUUGCUUCAUGUCCAAUCUAAAAACGAUUCUAACAAAGACCGACGACGGCAGCUAUGAACUUACACUACCUAUGCCUAGCACAACAGAAAUUCCCUUGAUUGAUGAAGCCAAUGAUACUGGGAAAUGGGUUGCCUCAGUCCUGUCCAAACCGUCAGAGGCACUAGGACAACAUUUUCUUGAAGCUGCAAGGUGGUAUACCAUUAAUGAUAUCUGUGCCAUAUUCGCCAAAGUCACAGGCAAACAGAUACUAUUCCAACAAGUUUCCGAAUCCGCCUUUGCAGCGACUAACGGUGAAGAGGUAUGUGAGGCCUGGAUCUUACUGAGAGACUACGCAUACUUUGGUUUGGAUGCAAAAGUGAGAUUGCAAGCGUCCCUGGAGUUUCUUGGUCAACAACCCACGUCUCUGGAACAGUACCUUGUUGAUUCUUCACCGUGGUAGUGUCGACACAAUCAUGGCCGAGGCAGUAAAGGUAGAAGCAUAGCCUAGUUCAUGGUACUCCAAGUUUACCUAGUACCGCUCCUCUCCCUUCAUGUCGGUUGAAUAUCAUAGCAAUAGUGGGUCAGAAACCCUCAGGUGUAGGGUAACCAUGAGUAGGUAGCUAAUUUCAAGUUGAAUUAUCUGCACAUUUACAAAAUGUACUAUCCCUGAGACAAUACCUCAAUCGCAG